UCUCAAGUAACUCUCAAUCCAAUUCACAACCCUAACCCUAAUUAGCCCUUAUUGCCUCGUAUCAAAACAAAAGCAAGCUCCUGCUAUGGCCGAGGAAGGUUCAGCGACAACAUCAAAAGGAUUGAGGCCGACAGAGGAUGAUGGAUCAGUCAUCCUUUUCGGUGGGUUUGAGAAUGACCACCGGAUGAACAAAAGGAUGGAAUGGUAUUGCAUUAAGGUCCCAGAGAUCUCAGACUCAAGCGCAGACAAAGACUUUCCUUCGGAAAAUCAAAAGCAAAAGCUCAAACCGUUUUCGGUUGUGGAGCUAGACGAAUUGACUUACUUUGCAGCUUCAGGCUCAUCUAUCUAUUGUCUUAGCGAAUCUACCAAUCAAGUUUUGACGUUAGACCUUACUCGUGUUAGUGAUGGUUGGAAGCUAGGUCCUCUAGCCAUUGGUGGCUGGAAGCCUCACAAAAUCAUUCUGGAUGGUAAAUUAUAUGUUUUAGGUGGUGGUUUACCAUCUAAUGCUGGAGAUCAGUUUCCCUGUAUGGAGGUUUUUGACCCAAACUUAGGAACUUGGGAACCCUUACCCGAUCCUCCAUAUGCGCCGACGGCCUUUGAUAUGGUUACAGCUCUUCUUGAGCCCACAAAACAGAUUCUUGUUACAUCAUUCCAUCCUAGGCAUUGGAGGAAGUAUUGCGGUCAGGAUGAUACUUAUUAUGAUUGUUUUUUCCUCACAUACAAUGUCACGGAUCGUUAUUGGACUAAAUUUAUGAAUCCUCCCGUGCGCAAUUUACGUAGGAGGUGUGGUGAUCCAGAAUAUAAUAAGGCUGUAGCGGUUGGGAAUACUCUCUACUUGGUUUUGCCCUUCGAUGAUUAUUUUCUUAAGGAUGUUUUGGUUAUGCACGCCUAUGAUAUAGAUAAAAAUGAGUGGUUCGAGGGCUGUUUGAACAUUCCCAAUGAAUUUUUUGGGAAGCACGAAUUUCUCACUAGUAGAGCUCCUCGUAGUCUUAUCCAUCUAUAUGAUCAGAAAUUCUGCAUUCUCUUUACGUCCGUCACCUAUUUAGAUAGAAAUAGGAACAAGGAUAAAAGGAGCAGUAAGUAUCAUGAGCUACCUGAAGUCGAGUGCCGUUAUUUAUAUUGUGUCACUCUUGAAGUUUCUCCAAUAUUAGAGGGGGAAGAGGACUCUGCUGGUUUCAAGGUGUUGGAUAUUUCGGUUGUGUCCACCAAAAAAUAUCUCUUGGAUCACGACUUAGAAAUCAUGGAUAUUCUAUUGCUGGACGACGGCGCCUUUUACACAUCAAUGCAGAAGAAGACUGAGUUAUAAAUCGAAGCAGCUAGUGUAGCAAGCAAAGAUGACUGUGAUAGUGGCUCCCUUCCUUUAAGGGUAUGAGACCAGAGUUCUUGCUUGUGCAAGGGUUGCUAUUUCUAACAUGUGGAUGCAUGUGAGACAGAGGCUAAGCUUCUACUGUUUGAGAUUUUGUGUAAUUAUAUAGAUCUAGGCAAAUUUUGUGGCCCUUUCUGUGUAAUCUUUGAGGGAAUCAUUCCCAUCUCUUUCAUCCUCUCUUCUUUUUUUUCUUUUUUCUAUUUUCUUUUUUGCCUUGAGGACUUGGAAAGAGAAGAAAA